AUAUUAAAAUCAAUGCUUCCCAGCGGUGGAAUAUACAGAUUCAUCAACUUCAGCCGAACUCGUCUGCAAACGCUCAAGCCUUUUGUGGCUUCCGGUCGAAACAAGCCUCAUCACUUACGUUAUCCGCCUGUCAUCAAAUGGACUUCUAUUUGGCCAUCUGCAGCAACAUUCAAUUAUUCGGUGGUUCCGUUGCCUAUUCGUCAAGGAUAUUGUAAAAAUUCUGGCAUUUCUCCGGAAAAGUAUGCCAACGCGGAGCUUAUGAAGAUCCCCAACUUCCUCCAUUUGACUAAAGCUCAUAUUCAAAUGCAUUGUGCGGCAUUGAAAAAAUUCUGCACUGACUGGCCUUCUGGUUUGCAAUCGGCUCAGGAAACGUUGAACCACUAUCCCUUGGAAGUGAUCCAACACAGUUAUGCGUUCAGCGCAUCUACUCUGCGCGAUCCAAGGGCGCGUAUUGUCUCAAUCAAGGUAAGUUGGGCCUGUGCAACUCGCAACCUGUCACGCAUAUAUGUCCGCAAAUGCCACUAUGCCGAUAACAUCGCCUUGCUGGGUGGCAAUACACAGGUAGUCCAAAACGCUUUGAACCGCUUGGCGAUUGAGGUAUCCAUGUAUGCUAUGUGCUUUGCACCUUUCAGGUGCAAAGUGCUUGUUCAAGAAUGGCAGGAGCCUGUGCCUGCACCCAUCCUCUGUGGUGAUCAGCUGGAAGUAGUUGAGAGCUUCAAGUACCUCGGGAGCUUGAUCGCAUCUGGUGGAGGUGUUGGGGAGGAGACUACAUCACGAAUAGCGAAAGCUAGAGUAACGUUCGCCAAUCUGCGAUACCUGUGGCGCCGCCAUGACAUCCGAUUGUCCCUUAAGGGAAGGGUGUACAUAGCCGCGGUUCGUAGCGUUUUCCUUUACGGUUGCGAGACCCGGCCCCUCUGCGUUGAGGGUGCUAAUCGACUUUCUGUAUUCGACCACCGAUGUCUCCGAAGCAUUGCUCGUAUCUGGUGGGAACACCGGGUGAGUAAUGACGAGGUUGUUCUUCGUGUGUUGGGUGCGGAUAGUCGUUCUCUAACAGAAGUAAUCGCUCUACACCGCUUCCAAUGGCUUGGUCACGUAUUACGUAUGCCUGCCCAUCGACUACAUUUCCGUGCGCUCUUCGCAUUUGCCGGGCAAGGCCGGAAAAAGCGGCGCGGUGUUCAGACCAUGACAUGGCGUAGAUGUAUGAAGAAGCUAGCCUCAGCCUUGGCUUCGGUUGGUGCAGCUCGCCUUCCAGGUUGGGGCCCAAAAGAUGAGGAUUGUCGUUGGCUAGAGACGCUGAGGGAUAUGGCCCAGAGUAGAAGUGAGUAG